AUGUGCAUGCUUGUGUGCGUGUUUUCCUGCGUGUGUGUGUGUGCGCGCUCUGCCAUGCAGCCGUGCGGAGCAGGUGCCUCCCUGCCUGACACAUGAGACCUCGCUGCCCUCGCCGUGGGGCACGCCAGCACUCGCCAGGAAGAGACAAGGUUACUACGGUACUUCAGGCCCUCCUGCCCCAGUCAAAGCCCUAACAGACCUGAAGCUCCACUUAGCCAACACUUCCCACCCCGCUUCCUCCUCGUCUUCAUCUGACAUGGUGGUCAUCCACCCGGGGGCCGUUCUGGCCAUGCUGGACCUGCUACCCUCCGUCUCCUCCGACAGCCAGCCAGAGCAUGCCCUUGAUCUACAGCUGGCAGUGGCCAACAUCCUCCAGCUCCUGGUGAACAGUGAGAGGAACCAGCAGGUGUUGUGUGAAGCAUGCCUCCACCAGCGGCUGUUGCAGCGCUGUAGUCAGGCCCUGGGAGACGAAGACCACCCACUGCACCCGCCACUGCAGAGGAUGUUUGAGAGGCUGGCUUCACAGGCCUUGCAGCCAAUGGCACUCAG